UGCGUCGAUCUCACGCCGGAGAGUUGCGCCGGCAGUGCCAAGGUGCGAGGCGGUGGCCUGUGGUCGGCUUGCUUCGUCAGCGGCGAAACGUGCAGGAUGAGUGAGCUAAGGGUCAACUGUGCGCCUCCACCGCCUGCGUCGCCGCCGCUGGCACCGCCGCCUCUGCCGCCGCCUGCGCUGCCACCGACGGCGCCAUUGACGGCGCCAUUGACGGCGCAGGUCGGCAGCCCGUUCAUGGGAUGGCCGGAAUGGACCAGCAUUGCACUCCCUGGCGCCCUGGUGCUGUGCGUGCUUUUGCUCUGCGUCACCACGUUCCGGCUGCUGCUGCGCAUCGCCGCGGCCCACGGCACGAGCCCGUGGACCCUCCUCGGCUUGUGGGUCGCGCGGAGCCCCCUUGCGCGCCUCGGCGUCGGUGCCGCGCGAGGGGUGCGGCGGGUCUGCCGCUGGCUUUGCACGCACCUGCCCGUCCUUCACGGUAUGCGCCCUGCCGCUACGUCGCACGCCGUGUGGGAGCGGAUCUGCCGCAGGGCCAACAAGGAGCCGACCGAAGCCCCCCCCGACGUCGAGCGGCGCCCGUUCGUCGAGCAGCGCUCGGCGCUGGAGCAGAAGCUGUGGGGGGCGGCCGCGCGCGAGGCCGCGCAGCUUCGGGAGUGGCUACAGGCGACGCGGAACACGACGCCCUUCAUCGAGGGGCUCGCCUCUUUGGUUUCCUCGCACCGCCACGGCCAUUGUGCUGACGUCGCAGACCCUGAGGCGGGUGGGAGGCUCACCAGGGCGUUCUCGCUGGGCAGCAGGAUGCCCAGCACGGAAGCGUCGAAAGCGUCGCUGAGCCUGGGGGACCUGCUUCGCUUCUGCCUCAACGAGCAGGGCGCGGGGGGGCGCACUCUGUGGGAGGAGUGGAAGGCAGGCCUCCGCGCCACCCGGCCAAACGAGGCCACCAUGGAGGAGUCUGAGCUCGUCUCAGUGCACGAGUUCGCCGCGCUGCUGCUCUCGCCGUGCAACAGCGCCAUCGAGCAGAGGAGCGCCCCGACGGAGGAUGCGACCGAGCCGCUCAGCAGCUACUGGAUCGCCUCGUCGCACAACAGCUUCCUCGAGGGGGACCAGCUCACCUCUGCGGCCUCGGCCGACAUGUACCGCCGCCUCCUGCUCUCGGGGACUCGCUGCCUCGAGAUCGACUGCUGGGACGGGCGGUGGUCGGGCCAGGGCCCGCGUGUCACUCAUCGCAUGCCGGGCGGGGUCUCUCUCCUUUGCGGGAGCGUAGCCUUCGGCGAGGUGGUCGCCGCGAUAGCCGAGCACGCCUUCACCAGCAGUCCUCUGCCCGUGAUCCUGAGCAUCGAGAUGCACUGCUCGGCGAAGCAGCAGAAGAAGGUCGCCAAAGAGCUCAUCGACACGCUCGGCGACAUGCUCUUGCGCACGCCGCGGUCGCCCUUCGAGCGCCCCACGGCCGCGAGCACCCUCCGCGAGCUGCACCGGACGGUGCUCACGCUGCGGCUCGACGAGGGGGUGAUCACCGACCCGCUCCUCCGCUCGCUCGUCACCCUCCCCACGUGCUCCAUCGAUUCGUCGCCGCCCGUGGAGGACGACAGCGGCAGGCGGCUCGACCGCAAGGGGAGCUGGAAGGAGCUCAGCGGCCGCUCUCUCCACCGGGGCGUCUGGGGCCGGCUCCGCGGCGUGCCUCUCGAGUGCCACGCGAAGGGCGACGGCGACAGCAGGGCCACGCAGGACAUCUCCGAGUCUUCCCUCGGGUCUCUAAGCUCGACCUGCUUGCAGAGCGGCCCGUGGCCAGCGGAGGAACCGGCGAGCGAGCUCUCGGCCGCCAAGCUGCCGCGCCGAGGUGUCGUGAGCUUGUCUGAGGAGCGGCUGGAGCGGCUGGCGAGCGAGGAGGGAGGGUGGCUGCCCGCCACGGCCGUCCAGCUCGCGGCGUGGCGCGCGGGUGUCCAGAUGGUGGCGCUCAACCUGCAGACGAACGACGCUCCGGUGCAGCUCCACGACGCUCUCUUUCGCGGCAGCGGUGGCUACGAGCCCCAGGACCCCGUCUCGCUUGCUCUCUGGCUCUGGCAGUGA